AUGUUGCUCACUGGUCAUGAGGAGGAGAUUUUUGCUGCUCGUUUUAGCACCGAUGGUACUUGCCUUGCAACGGCUGGAUUCGAUCAAAAGAUAUUUCUAUGGAAUGUAUAUGGUGAAUGCGAAAAUUUCUCAGUUAUUCGAGGGCACACCGGCGCAGUCAUGGAUCUUCACUUCAACACAGAUUCAAGCCUGUUGGUAUCUGCCGCCACGGACAAAACUGUAAGAGUAUGGGACAUGGAAACAGGAGCGUGUCGACGGAAAUUCAAAUCACAUGUUGACAUUGUAAAUGCCUGCCAUCCAUCUCGACGAGGGCCACAACUGAUCUGCUCAGCUGGUGAUGACGGCUUAGUGAAAGUUCAUGACGUUCGACAGAAAAACGCUGUGAAGACAUAUGAAAACAGAUUCCAACAAUUGGCUGUAACAUUCAAUGACACAACGGAUGAAAUUUUCGUCGGUAGCAUCGAUAGUGAUAUUUAUUGUUGGGAUAUGAGACGUGAUGAUAUUUCCUAUGUUAUGCACGGUCACAAAGAUAUCAUUACUGGUUUAGCACUCAGUCCAGAUGGAAAGUUUCUACUGUCUAACAGUAUGGAUUGUUCGGGCAAAAAUGUGGGACGUGAGGCCAUUUGCGCCUCAGGAGCGCUGUUUGAAAUCGUUUUAUGGUCAUCAGCACAAUUUCGAAAAGAAUUUACUGAAAUGUGGAUGGUCUGGUGA